AUGGAGGGCGAUGAGGUUAUCGGCGCACCAAAGCAUCCCGACUGGCUGCAAAUGGUGCGCAUUAAGGAAGGGGAAGUUCCCUGCGUGAUCGCCUAUGUUUCGACUAGGCUAUCCCGCUAUCGUCCCGCUAUGCGUCGCGACAUUGUCGACCAUCGCGACAUCCUCGUCCUCUCCCUCUUUAGUGGGGGCGAGGUCCUUAACUUAAUGAACGUCUAUUCCGACGAUCAACACACAGCCAUUGAGCACCUUGCUGCUCAUGUGCAUUCUCUACCACCCUUCAUUUAUAUGGCCGGUGACUUUAACUGCGUGUCGACAACUUGGGAUGACUAUGAGCAUGGUGAGUCGUCAACGGCAAUAUCCCUGUGGGACACCGCAUCUCAGAUCGGCCUUGAGUGGGCACGACCUUCUAACCAUGGACCGACGCGGAUCAGUCCUAAUCCAAACCAGAGAUCCAAUGUCUUGGAUCUUGUAUUCUUAGCUCCAUCUGAGAUCUUAAUCUCGAUGCCCAGAUUGGAGCACGAUCUCCAGGGUCCGUCAGAUCAUGUCCCGAUCUGUACAGAUCUUGAUAUCGGUCCCGAACCGCCCAGAUCUGGGCGACGGACAAUUAAACCCGGAAGCGAGGCUGAGAAGUCUUUCAUUUCGGAUAUUCUCCGGGAUCUUGCGGCUAUUCCUGUCGCAGCCCCGGCAACCAAGGAAGGCGUUGAAGCUUUAGCCGAUGCUAUCGCGACAGCGUUCUCGGACGCAUGGCUUGUUCAUUCGACCGAGUCCAAACCUACCAAGUGUUCCAAGUCCUGGUGGACGGAUGAGUGCUCGGAGACCUUCGGAGUAUAUCAGUUGAGCCGCUCGCUCGCUGAUUACAACAAGUUUAAGAAGGUGUGUAAGGACGCCAAACGUGAUUUCUUCGAUGAACGUAUUGCAGAAAUUCGCGUCGCCACCCUCUCAGACACUCACCCCCUUCGCUCUAUGAUGGGCGAGGGACUUCUCAAGCGAGCUGCACCACACGCUCGCUCUGCCGCCUUGAUGACCCCAGCCAUGCGGGGGAAAGUCAAGAGCACUGUCAUGGAAGUGGACGAGCGCGUCCACACCUUAACUGAGAGCUUCGAGCCCUUUGCGCCCGAAGCUCGUCCAGGCGACCGGUUACUGGACCGCUAUGCGGACCGUCUCCAUUUUGACGAGCGUGAUCCUGGCCAGGAUAGGCGCCCAUAUCUAGACGAGCUCAUUGCGAAAGCAAGGGCCGACCCACUAACAGUACUGGCUGCAACUGAUGGCUCUGUCCCUCAGUCCAACCAGUACCAGGCGGCUUCGGCUGCUAUAAUCUACAAGGGACAUCGCGAGCUCGAAAGGACCCGCUAUGUCUCUGGCAGAGUUACCGCCCCAGAUGCGGAACUCAAUGCCAUCUCAGCGGUUGACCCCGGCGUGCAUUCUGGUCAGGCUUUUAGUCUGUCAGUAUGUCGCGCUCUUCAAGAGUGGUUUGAGGCGGAUGAUCUCCGUCGCAUUACCUUCGUCUACGUCCCUUCCGCUAUGCGGUGGGAUAUCCAUGGUGAAGCACACAAGUACGUCACCGAACUCAAAGUCAGGGUUGGGCGUCGCAAGACGGACAACUCCAUAGACGCGCUUCGCUCUCGAGCUGCGCACUCAGUCUUGGAUUCGUGGAGUUCCACUUUCCAAAAUCCAACCUACCGAGGCUCUGAGUUUUUAGAGCUUCAACAGCCUGACGGGCGGCCGCUACAGCCAUCGUACCUCAAUGGGGGACCUUGGCUUUCAACCUUCGGACACAGUAUUACUGAGUUCGCCCGCGUUUGCCAGUGUAUAACUGGCCACGCGCCCAUUGGAGCGUAUUACCGUCGCUUCAAGAUCAACGAGCCUCAUGGCUGCACUUGCGGGGCUGCUCUGCAGUCCCGCCAGCAUAUCCUCUUUCGCUGUCGCGACAGAUAUUCUGUACACUAUCCCCGUUUUCUCGGGGAUAUUGCAUCGUUUAUGAAGUACAACCCUACGGCGUUUGGCUUCAACCGGGACCCGUCGGGUGUCGGAUAA